GCGGGCUCUCUGCUGGAACUACAUGGCCCAUGAGGCUCUGCGCGGGCGCCGCUUUCCACCGGAAGGAGGCUCGCAGAGGAGGGGGAGGAGCGCGGAAGGGAUUGUGGGAAAAAGGGUCGUUCCUUUCCGUUUGGCGGCAGCCAUCAGGUGAGCCGAGAUGGGCGCUUACAAGUACAUCCAGGAGCUGUGGAGGAAGAAGCAGUCGGACGUGAUGCGCUUCCUGCUCAGGGUGCGCUGCUGGCAGUACCGCCAGCUCUCGGCGCUGCACCGGGCCCCGCGCCCCACCCGGCCCGACAAGGCGCGCAGGCUGGGCUACAAGGCCAAGCAAGGUUACGUGAUAUAUCGCGUUCGCGUGCGCCGCGGUGGCCGCAAACGCCCGGUCCCGAAGGGCGCCACCUACGGCAAGCCCGUCCACCAUGGCGUCAACCAGCUCAAGUUUGCCCGGAGCCUUCAGUCUGUUGCCGAGGAGAGAGCUGGACGCCACUGUGGGGCCCUGAGGGUCCUGAAUUCUUACUGGGUGGGUGAAGAUUCUACGUACAAAUUUUUUGAGGUUAUCCUCAUUGAUCCCUUCCAUAAAGCUAUCAGAAGAAACCCUGACACCCAGUGGAUCACCAAACCAGUCCACAAGCACAGGGAGAUGCGGGGGCUGACGUCUGCAGGCAGGAAGAGCCGCGGCCUCGGCAAGGGCCACAAGUUCCACCACACGAUCGGUGGCUCUCGCCGCGCAGCCUGGAGAAGGCGCAAUACUCUCCAGCUCCACCGCUACCGCUAAUAUAAGUAAUGUUUGUAAAAUUCUUACCUAAUAAACAGUUUAGGACAUCCA